AUAGAAAAAUAAUUCAAGGUCAAUCUUUUCUGUGACUUGAUAUCAGAAAGAUUUGACUGCACUGUGGAUGACAUGUUGUGGGAUAUCACAUGCUGACUGAUGAGGAUUAAUGAGGCAAAGGAGAUUAGUCUAUUAUUAUGCCUGCAAAGACACCAAGAACAAAAUAGGUGGUUUGAAGCAUCUAUAACAAGAUGAAACUGCUAAAAGUACCAAAGCUGUUGAGGGGAAAAGCAGAAACAGUUCAGCAUGUUACCUGAAAAAUAGAGAUUGCACUACAUUUUUUUUUUUUUAAUCAUUUAAUAUAAUAACAAAAGAAAUGUGAUAUAACUUUAAAUUACACCUUUUUGCACUUUUACAACGGUCCCUAACUUCAGUGGAUCCAUCGUCACAUUUACUGUUAACUCGUGCAAGGUUUCCAAUUAGCUUUAUUCUGCACAUCAUCAGCUGUUGCUCAGAAGGAAAAAAAAAACAACACCAGGCGACACAAUCCUGCACACUAGCCUACAACAUAACUGUUGUCAAUGGAUGACCAUUACGAGACGCACUGAGGAUGCGAUUGUGUGAAUAAUAUCAAACCGAGUACAUCUCCAGCAGCUGGUGCUGUGUCGCCAGUCAGAGGCAGAGGACCCGACCAUCUGAAGCAGGGUGGGGGUAGUCAGCUAAGCUGCUUACAGCCCGGCCAGCAGGCCUACGGUUGAACUGAUGCGAAGAAUGGACGGAUUCAUCACCGCGGCGAAACAUGGCAUGUAAGAAGAGGCGUUGUUCGGUACCGCUGUCAUCGACAUAACUGGAUCAGAACACCUGAAGGAAUGUUCACCCUCACAGAAGUAGCCUCCCUGAACGACAUCCAGCCGACUUAUCGAAUACUGAAACCAUGGUGGGAUGUCUUCAUGGAUUAUCUUGGCAUUGUCAUGCUAAUGUUGGCCAUAUUUUCUGGAACCAUGCAGUUAACUAAAGACCAAGUGGUUUGUCUUCCCAUUCUGGAACAAACUCCAGAGGGGGCUGGGGGCUUCUUGAACCCCCAACCACCAGAGACAGCUGAUGGUUUCUGGAACAAAGAAAGCGCCAUCGGGGAGCAAGCUGCUCCUCUAAUGGCUAAAAGGCCUCCUGACAGCAUUGCACCUACAAUUCACUUCACACAGCCGGCUACUUUUGGGCAGCCCCAGCCUACAGGCGUCAGAACCAAGCUGGAUUUUCAGCAGUAUGUUUUUGUCAACCAGAUGUGCUACCAUGUUGCCCUUCCUUGGUAUUCCAAAUACUUCCCGUACCUCGCUCUUAUCCACACUAUUGUAUUAAUGGUCAGCAGCAACUUCUGGUUCAAGUACCCAAAGACAAGCUCCAAAAUAGAACAUUUUGUUUCCAUACUUGGGAAAUGUUUCGAAUCCCCUUGGACUACUAAAGCACUGUCUGAGACCGCUUGUGAGGACUCGGAGGAGAACAAGCAGAGACUGGCCGGCGCCUCCUCCCUCCUGAAACAUCUGUCCACAAGCAGCGAGGAGGGCAGUCCGAACCAGUCUGCCCCGGUGCUGACUAAAUCUGGGGUCACGUUUUCUGCUGAAAAGCUUGUGAGUGAAAUUCCCUCUAUGACCAUACUGGACAAGAAAGACGGUGAGCAAGCAAAGGCCUUGUUUGAAAAAGUACGGAAAUUCCGCGCCCACGUGGAAGACAGUGACUUGAUUUACAGGCUGUAUGCCAUUCAGACAGUCAUCAAGACAGUCAAGUUCAUUUUGAUCCUUUGCUACACAAUGACAUUUGUUGCCUCUAUAGAUUUUGACCAUGUGUGUGAGCCCGAAAUAAAGCAUUUGACUGGAUACGCUAAGUUCCAUUGCACACAUAACAUGGCUUUCAUGUUAAAGAAGCUCCUCGUCAGUUACAUUGCUAUCAUAUGUGUUUAUGGCAUUAUCUGUAUAUACACACUGUUCUGGCUUUUUCGGCGACCACUGAAGGAGUACUCCUUUGAAAAAGUCAGAGAGGAGAGCAGUUUCAGUGACAUUCCCGACGUCAAGAAUGACUUUGCGUUCCUCCUCCACAUGGUUGAUCAGUAUGAUCAGCUGUAUUCUAAGCGUUUUGGGGUUUUUCUCUCAGAGGUGAGUGAAAACAAACUUCGGGAGAUCAGUCUGAACCACGAGUGGACCUUUGAGAAGUUACGGCAGCAUGUAACGCGCAAUUCUCAAGAAAAGCUGGAACUUCAUCUUUUUAUGCUAUCCGGAGUGCCAGAUGCUGUGUUUGAUCUCACUGAUUUGGAAAUCCUUAAACUAGAAUUAAUCCCAGAGGCCAGGAUAACAGCUAAAAUUUCACAAAUGAUAAACCUCCAGGAGCUUCACUUCUAUCACUGUCCAGCCAAAGUUGAGCAGACUGCUUUCAUUUUUCUCCGCGAUCACCUCCGGUGCCUUCAUGUCAAAUUCACAGAUGUCGCUGAGAUUCCUAGCUGGGUAUACUUGUUGAAAAAUUUAAGGGAAUUGUACUUGGUUGGUAACCUGAACUCUGAAAACAAUAAAAUGAUCGGACUUGAGUCUCUCCGAGACCUCAGACACUUAAAGAUACUGCAUCUCAAAAGCAACCUCACAAAGAUCCCGACGAACAUAACAGAUCUGUCCCCGCAUCUGAUCGAGUUGGUCAUUCAUAAUGACGGCACAAAGCUCUUAGUGCUGAACAGUUUGAAGAAAAUGAUGAAUCUCGCGCAGUUGGAGCUUCAUAAUUGUGAGCUGGAGCGAAUCCCCCAUGCUAUCUUCAGUUUGAGCAACCUUCAGGAGCUUGAUCUAAAAUCCAACAACAUUCGUACCAUUGAGGAGAUCAUCAGCUUUCAGCACCUCAAGAGACUGACGUGCCUCAAGCUUUGGCACAACAAGAUCAUCACCAUUCCACUGUCAAUUAGCCACGUCAAAAACCUUGAGUCACUCUAUCUCUCACACAACAAGCUUGAGUCUCUACCCUCUUCGUUAUUCACCCUCCUCAAGUUGAGGUACCUCGAUGUUAGCCAUAACUCCGUCGUGGUAAUACCACUGGAGGUUGGCUUCCUGCAGAACCUUCAACAUUUUGCCAUUACAGGCAACAAAGUUGAAGUAGUCCCCAAGCAACUGUUCAAGUGCACCAAACUGAGGACCUUAUGCCUCGGCCACAACUGUAUCUCCUCCAUUCCUGAGAAAAUUGGCCAGCUCUCACAGCUGGCGCACCUGGAACUGAAGGGAAACUGUCUGGAUCGUCUGCCGGCGCAGCUGGGUCAGUGCUGCCUCCUCCGCAGAAGCUGCUUGAUUGUGGAGGAUCACCUCUUCGACUCGCUCCCUAUGGAGGUCAAAGAGAGCGUCAAUCAGGAGUCUAGUGUUUCUUUUACAAACGGGUGCAAGUGUCUAAGUGAUGGGCGGUAGUCAGCCUGCAUGGCAUCAAAUGUUGGGCAUUUCAUUUUUGUCUUUUCAAUCAUGCUGUUAGAAACAGUAGUGCAGGGUACAGUAUUGGUACACUUGAUGAUGUUUUAUCCACUUAUACAGUGAACAUACCACAUCUCAUACAAGGCUGGUACCACUGUAGAAAUUUUAGAUGAAAGAUCAUGGCUUGUGUCAUGUCUACAUUUUCACAAUGUUUUCAGUUAAUGUACGUUUACAAUAUCAGUUAAAUCACUAAGCUUAUAUUUUUUACCUUUUGUAUGCAAAAUAUCUACAGUCGACCUGCAGAAAUUUGUAUAAUUUUCCCCUUUUUAAAGGAAGAUGCUUUUAGCACCCAGGUGUCCGUCACCAAUAAUGUCAUCUGCACCCUGGGUGGAUAGCCAAUGUGGCUAUUUACACCCAGGUUUUAGGCUCUCCACUGGACCACUUCAAUAAGUCACAUGGGAGACGUUCUGGCAGAAAGGCUUUCUAACACAUGCUUAAUGUUGUGAAAGGGUCGAUUUUAACCCAUUUUCUUUUUCUAAUCCUAAUCAAGUAGUUUUUCAGCACUAAAAAUAAGUAAAUACCAACACGUGAGACACAAGUGUCAAACCUUGGUCUCCUGGGGUAAGUCAUAUGCUUGGCCCGUUCAUCCACCACAACUUCCUCUCUAUGUGGACUUUUUGGAUCUUUAUACUACCUCGCCUGACUUCCUAAAGCCUUUCUGCUAUAACAUUUAAUAAGCACCUGAUGGUGGCCGACACUUAGAACACCACCCGGCAUAUGGCGCUUAUUAAAUGGCACAUUGCAGUGUGCCACUUAAUUUGUGCCAUCCUGGACCCCGUUUUUUAACAGCACAAAAAACAAGGCGCUUAAGGAGUAAUUGGGCAUUCCAUACAGGUCUAAAUAGCAGAAUAGCUGCCAUGUAACUAUUUUCACCCGGGUGCAAAUAGACACUUGUUUUUUUUUUUUAAUCUGUGAUUUUAUUAGGUUUUCUUCAGAUUAAUUUGAUACACUUGGUUCACUCAAAUUAUAAUAAACUAGCAAUGCAGUUAACUUAGAUUUUAUUCACCCCAAAUUUUGUCUCCGGGUUUUCUGCCUUGGUGCACACAACAAUAAAAUAUUCUAUUUGAAAAAAAUUAGCAGCAAAAUGUUUCUCUAGAAUCUGUGCCCCCCCCAUUACCCUGGAUCCUGAAUUUUUAUUACAUCUUUACAUCGCAGACAUAUUGUCUUAUAACAGUGAAGUCUAUGGAUUAUCCAGAGCACCCUGGAUGUUGUUCACCGAAAGACAUACUGCUGUUAAAUUUUUUCAGUGUUGUGAGCACUUUCAACAAAAUUACAUUCCCCUCCAUUGCCUUGGAGUAGGGCAAGAAAACUCAGAGACAGAUAUCUCAGAACUUGGACAAAUAAAUACAAAACUACCUGCAUGGCUACAUGCCACUAGAGAUGGGUGAGAAAAUAAAUAUAUUAAUGUGAAAUUUGGGUGAACAGACCCUUUAAACAGGGUAUUCAUAUAUUUGUUAUAUAUGUACAACCACUACAGUAUAAUGUACACCACAAACAAAAAAUUGUGAAGUUCAGUGGUUCCCAACUGGUAUGGCCUCAGGGUCCAAGACAGACAUCAGGUCACACAUAGAAACUCCGAUUCACUAUAUUUCCAUCCAACUAUUUUGCAUGCCAGAGGGUUCAGCCUCUUACCGUGAAGCAGCCUUGCAACCACCUAACUUCCCUUUUUAAUUUUAUUUCACAAAAGUAGCAACUAAAAUGACUGUAUGUACAACUGCUUAAAGUCCAUAAAAAAUUAAAAUAACUUAAAAUAAUUUCAGUAGCAGUAACUAUUUCAGGCUUACUGAGGGUACUGAAACUAUUUUUGCAGCCCAAGUAAACAGACCUGAUAAAAAGAACAGGGCUAUACAACAGCUGCAGUCAGUCAGGAAAUUAUAGAAAAGAGAAGAAAAUUGGUUUCAACCCACACCAGUUCUUCACUGCAUGCUGUUUUUUUCCUUUUAUUGUUCAGUGUUAUUAAAACUAAGUUGAAUGUACUUUGAGCCAUAUUUAUGAUCAGUCACUUAUGGCGCAUCGUUCUCUUCAGUGUCUAUUAUGAACAGCAGAAAGACCGCUACAGUCCAAAAAUGAAAAGCAGGACCAGCAGAACCACUGGUUAACAGUGAGUGUACCGUAGUAUUAUUACAACCUUAUGCAUUCCAGUUUCAAUAGAGAGAUUUUCACGUUACACACUAAAAUGAUCAUUUUCUCUACUUCUUGAAAAGUCAUCAAUCAUGCCAUUAUUAAAGGAGUAGCCUGUAAAUUUUUUCUUUCUUUUCUUACAGCCAACUUUUUACUUUUGCGCUCAUGUUUUAUUAUGUUUGCUUCUUGUAAUCGAUAUAUUUAUGUAUUUCGUGGUGUGUUCCUUGUACGUAUUCAUUAACUCAUCGUCUUAUAUCUGUUCUUCUCCCACCACAGCAUUUUUUACAAAACCUGGUUUUAAAAUGUUCUAUAAAUAAAGGAGUUACUAUAUCAUACCACUAUUAUUACUACUAUUCAAAGUUAGAAAUUAAGCUAAAAUUGCACUGCAAUGCUGUUUUUGCACCAAAACAACAUUUUGAAAUAUUCUGUAUAAUUACACAGUUGAACCUUGUUGCCUGAAAUACGUGGCCAUUUCAAACCCCAUGAAAGGAUUUUUUUUUUUUUGAAGAAAUGUAUUAAUCGUUAAACACCAGAGUACCGACACAUUCGUCCUCACUUAGCAUACAAGUAACUGUAUUGUCUGUAAACUGUAUAAUCAACAUGCUGAACUCCUAAGUCCUCCUAUUACAGCCUUUAACUGGGGUUUGUAAACAUUGUCACCAAUGUUAUGUAUGCACUACAUUCACUGAAGUGUUUUUCCCACUUAGUGUGGAAGAUAGUAAUAGCCAGAUGUAUUUCUCUCCUUUUCUAUGCUUUGUUAUUAUCAAAAUUCAAAAUUACAAAUAAUUUACUACAGAAAAAAACAGUCAUGCAUUUACAGCAGAUUACAUUUUUAAAGUUAGUGUAUCAAGUUUGUAAUUUAAAAUGCUCUUAGUAAGCAUAUGCAGUUUUGCCAACACAUCUUUGACCUAUUUGCAAGAACAGCCUUACAUUCUGUUUGGUUUCUGACAAUUACAGGACGCAGUAUGACACACAGUGCUCCUAUCCUUCACUUCUUUGGGCAGUUCAUUUGACACGAUUCUUGUGAAUGACUUAUCAUUUUACAAGGGUAGGAUGACUAGGCCAUUAGAACUGUGCUGUAUUUCACAAAAUAUAUUAAAAUUUCUUUCACUGGCUGAUGAUGUGUGGCAAUGUUUGUGUGCGUGUUGAGGGAAAUCAACACAUUUCACUGGAAUAAAUAUGAAUCAAUAAAUGCUAGUACUAUGA